UUUCCCGCAACAGUAUUGGGAGAGAAAAAAAAAAUCAUCAAAUUAAAUCCCAAACCCCACAAGCAACCAACAUCCAAAUACUGUUGGGGUUCAUGAUUUACUUGGUUUUCAGCACAUCUUCCUCUCAAAUCCUCUGUACCGGAAAUUUGGUGUACCCAUGUUUGACUGCACCAACGAUUUUUGGGUCUGAUGAUUCAACGCCUACCCAAUUCGACAUAACCAUCAGAUCAUCAUUGAUGAAUGAGAACAUAUUUUUUGGAUAGAGAGGAGCCACUACCAUUUCGGUCCUUGUUUUUCGUUUGUUGGGUUUGGAUCGUCCAUAACAAUUUCCUUAGGUUAAGAUGGCGGAUCCGAGCAUUGCAUACACAUUGGAUGAAGCACUUUCUACUCUCGGGUUUGGAAGGUUCCAGGGUGUUGUGCUUGCUUAUGCUGGACUGGGUUGGAUUGCAGAGUCAAUGGAAAUAAUGCUUCUUUCGUUUGUAGGACCAGCAGUUAAUUCCGAGUGGGGACUCACCUCUAGUGAAGAGUCUCUGAUAACAACUGUCGUCUUUGCUGGAAUGAUAGUUGGAGCAUAUGCAUGGGGCCUUGUGUCAGACACCUAUGGGAGGACGAAGAGCUUACUCGGCGUGGCUAUUGUCUCUGCUGGAGCUGGUGUUUUAAGUGCUUUGUCCCCAAACUAUAUAUGGUUGGUGGUUCUUCGUUGGAUGGUUGGUAUUGGAUUGGGAGGUGGGCAUGUUUUCUCAUCAUGGUUUUUAGAGUUUGUUCCUACUGCUAACCGAGGUACUUGGAUGAUUGUCUUUUCAACGUUCUGGUCGGUUGGAACAGUUCUUGAGGCUGUUGUGGCAUGGAUUAUCAUGCCUAGCUUGGGUUGGAGAUGGCUACUUGGAUUGUCUACCCUACCAUGCUUUGCAUUGCUCCUAUUUUAUGUCCUUAUACCUGAGACUCCAAGGUAUUUAUGUAAUAAAGGCAGAACAAGUGAAGCACAGGCUGUACUGGAGAAAGUAGCAACCCUCAAUGGAACAAAACUUCCUCCGGGCAUACUAGUCUCUGAUCACCUAACUGAUGGGAAUGAAGAAUUUACACUAUUGGAAGAUACCCAUUUACUCACCUCAAGUAAAAAGAAAACCAAGGAGUCUGGAACAAGUUCCUCGCCGUUGGUGCUAUUCUCACCAAAAUUAAUACGAACAACCUUUCUCUUAUGGAUUGUGUACUUUGGAAAUACCUUUUCGUAUUAUGGCAUUGUACUGCUGACUUCUGAGCUUAGCAGCGAACAAAGCACCUGUAGCUCAAGGGCAGUCCUUUCAGGAAACAUUCAGGAUUCUAGCCUCUAUAUAAACGUAUUCAUCACCAGUUUGGCAGAGUUUCCUGGGCUUGUCCUAUCUGCAAUAAUUGUGGACAAAGUGGGCCGGAAGUUCUCCAUGGCAAUUAUGCUGCUGUUAGGAUUUGUUUUACUUCUGCCACUGGUAUCACAGCAGGGUGAGAUAUUGACCACAGCGUCGUUGUUUGGGGCUCGGAUGUUCAUUUCAGCUUCGUUUGUAAUAGCCUGUAUCUAUGCCCCAGAGGUAUAUCCAACAUCCAUAAGGUCAACUGGCGUGGGAGUCGCAACAGCUAUUGGAAGAAUCGGUGGCAUGAUAUGCCCUCUAGUGGCCGUUGCAUUGGUGAGCAAUUGCCAUCAAACAGCGGCAAUUAUUCUGUUUGAAGUUAUUGUAGUCGUCGUAGGAAUGUGUGUUAUGAUCUUCCCAUUUGAGACGAUGGGAAGAGAAUUGAGUGAUUCUGUACCUCUUUCUAAUUCAAAUGUGAUUACAUAGUCUGCCAAGAGAAAUUAUUUCGCCAUUGUCGUGCCAAGGCAUGUGUAUAUAUAUAGAAUCAAGUGCCUUUCUUCUGUAGCAGCCUAUCGCUCUAUGAAAUACUACAUAUUCUACUGAUUGAUCGAGUACCAAAAUAAAGCAUGGGACGUAAUAUUUUGACUUGAAA